CCGAGUCCGCGGACAGGCACCUGUGGGGAGGCGAAAAAACGCGCUCAACUCCUACCGCAACCACAGAGCAAGGACCAUGGAGAGCGCAGGCAACGGCUCGGACGCGGAUUACCGGAGCCAGCUCCCCGUGCUUUACAACAACAACAACAACAGCAGCAGCAGCUUCUGUCGGAACUUCACCGAUGCCAACAGCACCGCGAGCUUCGCGGAGGUGAGAUGCGACGGGGAGCGCGGACUGAUCGGCAGCCUGGACAACGACGCCAACCCGGUUAUCAUAGCGAUUGUUAUCACCGCUCUCUACUCCAUAGUGUGCGUGGUGGGGCUGGUUGGAAACGUGCUGGUCAUGUAUAUCAUUGUCAGAUACACUAAGAUGAAGACAGCCACCAACAUCUACAUCUUUAACCUUGCUCUGGCCGACUCCUUGGUCACCAGCACGCUACCGUUCCAAAGCGUCAACUACCUGAUGGGGACCUGGCCGUUUGGGGACAUCCUGUGCAAGAUGGUGAUGUCCAUCGACUACUACAACAUGUUCACCUCUAUCUUCACGCUCACCACCAUGAGCAUCGACCGCUAUGUCGCUGUGUGCCACCCAGUCAAAGCGCUGGACUUCAGGACGCCCCGCAAUGCCAAGAUCGUCAACGUCUGCAACUGGAUUCUCUCCUCGGCCAUCGGGCUGCCUGUUAUGUUCAUGGCCUCCACCGCUGUCACACCCUCCAGUAUAGUUGACUGCAAGCUGAUUUUCCCCCACCCCUCCUGGUACUGGGACACCCUGCUGAAGAUCUGCGUGUUCAUCUUUGCCUUCAUCAUGCCCGUCCUCAUCAUCACCGUCUGCUACGGCCUCAUGAUCCUGCGGCUCAAGAGUGUGCGCAUGCUGUCAGGCUCCCAGGAGAAGGACAGGAACCUGCGCCGGAUCACCCGCAUGGUCCUGGUGGUGGUUGCCGUCUUCAUCGUCUGCUGGACACCCAUUCACAUCUUCGUCAUUAUCACAGCACUGAUCAACAUCCCCAGCUCCACGCUGCAGACUAUCACCUGGCACUUCUGCAUCGCCCUGGGCUACACCAACAGUAGUCUGAACCCGGUUCUCUACGGUUACCUGGAUGAGAACUUCAAGCGUUGUUUCCGUGAGUUCUGCACCCCGAGUCCCUCGGUUUUGGAGAUGCAGAACUCGUCCAGGACCGGAGCCACUAGCCGCAAGCUCCCACAGCGCGAACACAACAGUGGAAACACAGGAGAAAGGUCCAAUCAACAGGUAUGACUAGCCUUGGAGGGGUCGUCAGUGGACUCUCGCUGUUGUGGCGGCGUUGCCAACGACGAUCUCAACUCAGAGGUCACGCAGGUUACCACAGGGCUCUGACCACACACACACACGCACACACACGCACGCACACACAAGCCAAAUGUACACACAAAGAGACAUCACUGAGACUCAAAUAGCACAGACCAAUUCUGACAAUGUGUUGAAAGCUUAACUACAGUGCUGCAUCAGGUCAGGCCAUUCACCUUUCAGCCAUCCUAACUGUUACUAACUGCAUGGCUGUGCAAGGCUUUUACUCUGACUGAAGCAGAUGCAGACAUGAGUCAAGCUAGACUAAACAGAAAACCAAGAACCAUUACAAAACCGUGUCCUCCUAAUCGAAGAAGUUGUUGCACUAAAUUUGCAUUAACACUACAAUUUUUAUCUAGCUUUCAUCAUUAUUAUAACAGAGUAGACUAUACAGACAGAAUAAGUACAGUACACACAGACAGAU